ACAUUUGGCGCAUCUAAGCACCCUUACCUGCAAUCAUGUCGCUUAUGCUAGGAUUGUUGUUGGGUUUAUUCUGCACAGUGUGUAUAUUUUUGUUAAGAUUACUUUUAGUAGUCAAUUCUGGUCCGAACUGUAAACCUGGAGGGAAAGGCUCUGUCUGCGUGCUGGUAGUAGCUGGGUCAGGGGGCCACACUACAGAAAUUCUCCGACUGAUGGAGAGUCUGUCGCCGUCCUACAAACCCCGCCACUACGUCAUCGCGGACACUGACCGGAUGAGUGAGGAGAAAAUCCGUGCAUUUGAAAGCGUCAAGGAAAAUGCAGCCAGCGGGUCAAAGUAUACGGUCCACCGGAUCCCACGCAGUCGAGAGGUUCUGCAGUCCUGGAGUUCUUCGUUGAAGAGUACCCUCAACGCCCUGCUCUACUCCGUACCCUUGGUCUUUAGACUCCAACCGGACGUGGUGCUGUGCAACGGCCCGGGUACCUGCGUCCCCCUGUGCGCGUCGGCGCUCCUGCUGGGGGUGCUCGGGCUAAAGAGGGUCCUGAUCGUCUACGUGGAGAGCCUGUGUCGGGUGGAGACCAUGUCGCUCUCUGGGAAGAUCCUCUAUCCGGUGGCCGACUACUUUUUCGUGCAGUGGUCGACUCUGAGAGACAAAUACCCCAGAUCUAUUUUCCUCGGGAGACUGGUUUGAAAAGUCUGAAUCGUGUGUGGAACGUAUUCUGGACUGAGCACCGAAUUUUGGGGAAAGUACAACUUUUUUUCUUUCUUUUUUUCUUGUGGAACGCUCCGUCAGAGCAAACUCUUAUAGAUACAGGUCUGUAUUUUUAUUAGUGCUUUCUAAAUUUAGUUGACAUGAGAUCGUCCUGGUGUUUGGGUUUUGAAAAGAACCAGGUACAUUCCCCAGGGCCCGGAACCUGAACCUGGAGGAAGCCCACCUGUCACUGGUCUCGGUCACUGGUCUCAGUCACUGGUCUCAGUCACUGGUCUCGGUCACUGGUCUCAGUCACUGGUCUCGGUCACUGGUCUCGGUCACUGGUCUCAGUCACUGGUCUCGGUCAAGGGACAUUCAAUAAGAGGUACGAUGACGUACACAGACACAAGGAGGAAGGACUUCUCUAAAUGUUUCCACCAAGGACGGCCAGUCCCACUUUUUCCACUGCUGACAACCAUUUCAAGUCUUUUUAGUACCGGUUAAUAAGAUGGAAACGUGACCCGAACCAAAGUGUUCCAUUAACUGACAACUAAAGACUUAACCACACAUCAUGGUGGUAAUAUAGGACAUUAGAAUUAGACUAUAUUUAUCCCAUAGAAACCAUAUAGAAGAUGUAUGAACAAUAUUAGAAGGCUAAAUGGUUAAGAGCAUCACAAUGCGAGUUGGACCACGUGCAAUGUUAGAAAUAAAGGUGAUUUUCAUCAUAUCAUUUGCUAAUAUACCAAUAUCUCAUACCAGUACACUACAGGUCCUUCCCUCAACUCUUUCAAGCAAAUUUGGGAACCAUUUUUGUUGUUAAUUAUUGCACCAACUUCACCAAGGAAGUUUUCUCAUGGUGACUGUAGUGCAAGUGGUGCACAACAGCCCAUAAUAACAAGUUUUUCUCGCCGGUGGCAGUACGUGCCCAUUACUGACAUAGCUGUUCUUAUUUGUCUCAACAAUUUUAUCAAAGCCUUCAAUUAUUAUAGUAGCCAGCUGUAUGUAGGCAAGCUACUAAAUGUUACAACUGCAAUUUGAGUGUUGGUAUUAUUUUUAGCUGUGGUGUUGAGUGUGGUUUAAUUAGUUUUAUCACGGUAGCUGUUGGGAGCUCUUUGCUGGUAAAGUGUCGGAGAGAGAGAGGUAGGAAAGGUAUAAGUUACCCAUAAUUCCAGUCGGACCAGGGUUCAUGUCGUCCCCCAUUCUUGAUGAACCCCCAUCACAACGCUUUCAGAAAGUGUCUGGGAUCAUGGGAAGGGAUCAUUUAUGUUUGGGUGUGGCCAAACCAGCCGAUAUAUCUUCUUAGUAUGGGCUGUGAAAUGUCAGCUACACACAGACACAUUGACACUAUAUGUGCCUAUUAUUGGCUUUACAGACCCAGUGAUUUACCAUUGAAAAAUACACAUGUUGCUCUGGCAUCAAUUUCCCAGCCUCAUUUUGGUAAACAUGAACACAUGCUUAGCUUGUGGUGACAUCUGAUCUAUAUUCAACCUAAAUCUUUUUUUUUAUGUAGAAAUUGAAAUUAUCAUAGUAGAGAAUGCAGACUCCUACUUUUUUUUUUGGUUGAACCGUUUAGAUAUAACAGCAGGACUCACUUAUUGAAGUAUAUCAGUCUACACUUGUUUAAGACGAAUCCCAAAAAAUAAGUGAACCUCCGUUGUACUGAUUUAGGGAGCUGUUUGUGUUCGUUGGUGUUCAUGUUUGUGUUCAUGAACAUUGUUUCUACUGUUUGUCUUAACUUUUUUCUGUCCAUUUCCCGUUCCUGGAUGUAGAGCGGGACCGGAAAAGCACAUGGUCUAAAUUAAGAGCUCCUCUUGAGCGACACCAAUAAUGGGGUGAAAGAGAUUGGAGAGUGCAGAUGAACACGGGGCUGUGGUAAUUCAUAAUGUAUACUUAUAUUUAAUCAUCCGUGUGGGAUAUGCACACACAGCUGGUGUCUGCUCCACGCAAUAACUUCAUGUUUUUGCUCCCAGUAUGCAGUCAAACAUUUACAAUAUAAAACAUCUGUAGUUGCGUUUUUUCCCCACAAUAAUAGGACACCAGUUCGUUCCGUGUGGACGGUGCAGUUGAAACAUGAGUGAUCCAUGACUUGAACAUAGAGACGACAGUACAGGAAUGCGAAUUCACUGGGAGUUGUCUGCGGUCACCGCACACAGAACCAUAAAUGAUACCCUUUCGACGGCCCGUCCGUCGUUUACCAUAUAAUAAACUGCCACGCCUGUAUCACCACGAAUUAUUACCGGCCGUACAGGCUCCGUAGCCCCGCCCUCAUCUGCGGGUGCUGCAGGCGAGGCCUCCGGUGUAGCUGUUGGCAAACGACCCACUUGCAGGGUCACGAAAUCGCCGGGAAUGAGAUGAGGAGCACGGUGGCAGACGUCCAACCGGAGAGGUAAUCUGAACCUGACUCGGGGAGCCCUUGAGAUGUCUGCCAUGUAUGUGAGGUUGUUCGGGGAGAAGGCAAGGCCAGGCCAAGUCGGGGCUUAUUCCAACCUGUCUCGUAUUGGUCCUUGGAUUGUCCUCAAAACCACCACCACCAAGGCUACAACAUACACACACAGGCAAUUGUUUAAAGGGCUUCUCCAUGAUUUGGAAAAGGAAAAGAAAAAGGGGUUAAAUUAGUUCUCAUCCGUUUCCACGUUAUCACACUAUACCCCGUGAAGGCAGAGCAUGAUUAUUAUGAAUGAUGACUGAGUCACAGUAACCCAAUGCUUAUCGUUUGAAAUCAGAGCAGCCCUUAUUCCGCUGACGACCCACUUUUUUGUAAGAAUUACACCCUGGCCCUGGAUCUAAGAAGCCGAGGGUAGCUCAAACAAAGCAACCUUUCUCUGUUUAUGAAUAAAAAGUACCGUGUUACUGAUUUCCAGCCGUUAUGUGAUAUAUUUUUCAUUCAGGCCUUCUUCAUUCAACCAGUGUGGCUAUAGAAAGACAUCCUAAAUCUGCCAUCCACUGUUUACGCGGUUUAUUCAAGUUGAGGAAAUAUGGAAAUACCAAGGACUGGCUAUUAAAGGCUACUUUAAUAGGGAUCUCUUUAUGGCUCGUAGUAAUCCCCAUGUUAUUUGUGAUAUUAACAGGUACACAAUGAUUGCUAAACAGCAGCAUACAUAGGCAACACAGCAGA